UUCUUUACAUAGCUAUUGAAGUUUUACUUGGAACGCAGUUAUUACAUUGCAAAAGUGCAGUAGAACAAUUAAGUGCUAGAUUACGUUGUCAGAUAUUGGAUGGACAAAGGUGCUCCCGCAAACAAGUUAAUACUGGAAGCGGCUUAUACCACAUUAUCAUAUAGUUUGGCUGACCCAAAACAGUUUGGUAGAAGUGCACCAUUUACUAAGAAAGGAAAAUAUAAUGGUUUUAUUACACAUUUACAAUUAUGUAACUUGAUAAAGAAAUGGAGGUAUUUCUUCGACCCAGAACAGAAAGUAUCGUAUAUUCACCAGCGGGAUCAAAUCAUUGCCUAUGAUAAUGUUCGGUCCAUCAAGGUGAAGGCUCAAUAUGUUCAGGACACGCAUCUUGUAGGUGCCAUGGUGUUUGAGAUAGGGAAUGAUGAUUUUAGUGGAGAUUGUGGAUAAACAUUUCCCUUUCUGAAGACUUUAAACCAAGUUCUUCGAAAAAAAUGUUAAAUUAU